AUGAUGGCUCUGUCAACUGAUCCUGCCUUGAGCUUGAGCCAGUUUCUUGCAAACUCGCAGGCUUUCUUGAACCGUUCACCCGACAAGGUACCUAAUAUGGAAGAGAUAUUGCAACGAAUGAUCUCUGGCGAAAUGGCCGUCUUCGGAAACAACCCAUUGCAAACUGAUAUGUCAAAUCUGGUCUCGUCCGGCAGCACUUCGCCUCGCAAUGAUAGUCCAAACAGUGAAGAAGCAGUUGUAGAUACUCCAAUGCAGAAUAAGGAACCAAGAAAUUAUCGUUUGGAGCCAUGGCACGAAUGCUUUACAACAACUAGUCAUGCUGAAUUUGAAGCUUUGAUCUACUCAGUCUAUGUGCUACAGCGUGAGGAUAAGAAAUUAGAUGGUUAUGAAUAUUAUGAAUGCUUGAAUAGAUUACAAAGCAAAUGCCGUUAUCGUGUUCGAGUAAAGCGAAUGAAUGAAUUCUAUAUUGUGGAAGAGAAAGGAGCUCAUAACCAUGCUAUGGAGCCUGUUGGAACACCAGGAACUCAUGCUGGCUUACCGAAAACUUUGCGUGAAAUCGUUGACACAUCGUUCCGAGAAGAAUGGGCUCACAGCCAACGACAAGCAGCUCUUGAUGAGGAGGUUAAACGGCUUGGGCUACCUCAUAACCCAAGAUUGAGUAGACAGGUCGAUAACCGUAUUGCAUAUUUACGAAGAGUCAAAAACCUCUCAGAGAUGAGGAAGCUACAGGAUCAGUUGCCAAAUGGCCAGAGUAAUCAAAUUACUUUGCCAUCAAAUGAUUCUCAGAGCCAAAUGUCAUCUGAUUCGCCUGAAACACCUCCACCAGGAGAUUUGCUUCGAAUGGUUAUGCAAUUGGCUAAUGGAAACCAGGAGAACUCCCAAGAUUCCAAUCGUUUAUUAUCGUUGAUGAUCAACAAUGGCAUGCCGAUGCCAACAGCUAACGAUAAUACAGAGAAAGAGAAUGAACAAAUGAUGGACGAUGAAGAGAAACCAAUGAUAGACGUAAACGAAGAUUCUGAUUAUAAGCAAGACGUGCACUCUGACUGUUCAUCUCCUAAUGGAAUGUCUAUGGAGAGUAACGACGAGAAUUAG